AUGUUCAAGAUCAUCCUUCUGGUUGUCUGUUUGACUGUUGUUACAUCUGCUCAGCACUAUGGAGGACAUCACGGCCACCACGAGGAUCAUCAUCAUACCCAUCCGAAAUAUAAAUUCGAAUAUGGCGUCAAGGUUGGACACACCAAAGAUCACAAGAGCCAGUGGGAACAUCGCGAUGGAGAUCUGGUGAAGGGACAGUACACUCUGGAUGAAGCCGAUGGAACGCAUCGUGUUGUUGAUUAUACUUCGGACCAUAAGACCGGAUUCCAGGCUCAUGUUCAGCGGAAGGGACACGCACAUCAUCCACACGGAGAGAGCUACGUUAAAAUUGAUCAGCAUUAUUAA